AUGACGACUGACUCAAUAACCCCGGGUCGAGACCUGGAAGCCGAAGGUCAAGUCUAUGUAAAUACCAUGGUGGAAAACAUUAAGGCAGCAAAAUCCUUGUGCCCCUUGGACACGCCCGAAAAGGCCGAUCAGGUCGUCCCAUUCUGGGACAAGUUUUACAAAGUCAUAGGUUUCACGACCCUCGACAUUGAGUUGGAAACGGCGGUUCUCGCUCAUCCAGACAUCUUAGGCCUCAUGCCAGACAUUAGAUACGUCAUGGGAGAGUGCGAGGGCGCCUUGGAAGUGACGUGGGCGGACAGGGUUGCAGCUGCGCAAGACGCAACUGAUGCCUGGCAGAUCUUUAACACCACCCCGAUUCAUGAAUUCUAUGAAUAUGUGCUCAAAGCAGAGUGGUCGGGCCUCCUAUCCGUCAUGGACAAGGCUCCCGAGUCCAUAGCCAUUCUGGGAUCUGGUGCAAUGCCAGAGACAGCUGUUUGGGUAACCAAUUGGGCCAAGAAACAAGCCAAAACCGUGCGAAUCCACAGUCUGGAGCUUCUUCCCGAUCGUCUAGAGAAGAGCAUCAAAGUCCUUGACAAACUCUGCGAGGACACGCAUCACUGCACAUUCGAGGCAGGCGAUAUCAAAGACGCUCCUCGGGACCUCCGCCAGCACGACGUUGUCUACUUCAACGCAGCAGUUGGAUCAACAACGCUGGAGAAGGAGAAUAUCCUGCUCAGCGUGGUGUCUCGUAUGCGGCCCGGGGCAUUUGUGCUGACCCGAAGCACCCAUUCUAUCAAGACCAUGGCAUAUCCUGUAAGUUAUGUUACACAAGUUGAACGGAGCGAGCAGCUGAUUACCGUUGAUACAGCCAGCCAAGAUCCAAACUCAGCGUUUAGUGAAGAGGCUGCGGCCAGUCCUCACAUGCCAGUUGAAUGGCGAGCCUGGGAAGAACGCGAACGCGAGUUUUAUCAUUUCUAG